GCAUGCGCGCCUCGUCUGCUCGGCCAGCGUCAUGGCGGCGCCCAUGUCCGAGGUCUGUCUCACGGUGAAAGUGCGGGACGAGCCGACAGCUGAUCUGGGACAGGUGGACGGACCGGGGACCGGUGGACGGACCUGAGACAGGGAUGAAUGUGAUGUCCUCAGCGAUGCGAGGCGCCAGGCGGCUGGUCCACGCCGACACUCUGCUCAGCAGCUUCCUGCGUCCUCCCGUCCUGUGUGGGAGCCCCAACCCCCCCCUCCUCACCUGCACACAGAACAGGCAGUAUGUCAUCAAACAGGUCAAAGGUCAGAAGAAAGAUCAGAAGAAGCAGAAGUCGAAGUCCAAAGUGGACAAACAGGAAGUGGAGAUCAGACAGAGGAUGACGGUGGAAGCUCUGGCGGCGGCGAUGAACAAAGACUUUGAUCACGUGCUGGAGGCUUUACUCAACACCUCGGUGGACCUGGACUCCCUGGAACCAGACUCGGUUCUGGAGGAGAAGUGGAUCAAGGAGGUGGUGACCCGGUCUGGGAUGAAGUUCCGAUGGGCCAAACUGAGCGAGACCCGAGAAAAGCCCAACAGAGACGCCCAGCCGAGGCCCCCGGUGGACCCCGCCCUCCUGCUGAGUCGUCCCCCGGUGGUCACCAUCAUGGGUCACGUGGACCACGGCAAGACCACGCUACUGGACAGCCUGAGGAAGAGCCAGAUCGUGUCCACGGAGGCCGGAGGCAUCACGCAGCACAUCGGAGCCUUUCUGGUCCAGCUGCCUACAGGUGAGAAGAUCACUUUCCUGGACACACCUGGGCACGCUGCCUUCUCCUCCAUGAGAGCCCGUGGAGCCGACGCCACCGACAUCGUGGUCCUGGUGGUUGCAGCAGACGACGGCGUCAUGAACCAGACCACGGAGUCCAUCCAACACGCCAAGAGAGCCAAAGUCCCCAUCAUCGUGGCGGUGAACAAGUGCGACAAGCCGCAGGCCGACCCUCAGAGGGUCAAGCAGGAGCUGCUGGCCCACGACGUCGUCUGCGAGGAGUUCGGAGGAGAUGUCCAGGCCAUCCACAUCUCAGCUCUGAAGGGCGACAACCUCCUGGCUCUGGCUGAGGCCACGGUGACGUUGGCAGAGGUUUUGGAGCUGAAGGCGGAUCCCAGCGGCCUCGUGGAGGGCCUCGUCAUCGAGAGCCGCACCGAUAAAGGCAAAGGGCCUGUGACGACGGCCAUCGUCCAGCGGGGGACGCUGAAGCGCGGAUGCGUCCUGGUGGCUGGGAAGACUUGGGCUAAAGUCCGCUUCCUGUUUGACGAGAACGGGCUCCAGAUGAAGGAGGCGGGGCCCAGCACGGCGGUGGAGGUGGUGGGCUGGAAGGAACUGCCGUCUGCUGGAGAAACCAUCCUAGAGGUGGAAUCGGAGCAACGAGCGAGGGAGGUGAUGGAGUGGAGGAGCCAUGAAGAUGAGCAGCAGAAGCUUCUGGAAGACCAGAGCGCCAUCGCGCUGAAGCAGCAGCAGCACCAGGAGGAGUACCAGCGCGAGAGGGAGGGGCUGACUCACCUGAGCUGGAGGCAGAGGAAGGUGGCGCUGUACCGGGCCAACAAGACCCGCUUCGCCCAGAGACCCAGCGAGAGGCUGCAGACUGAGCAGCUGAGCCUGCCGCUCAUCAUCAAAGCUGACGUGGACGGCUCGGUGGAGACGCUGCUGAACAUCCUGGACGGCUACGACGCGGAGCACCAGUGUCAGCUGGAGGUGGUCCACUUCGGUAUUGGGGACAUCUCUGAGAAUGACAUCAGCAUGGCAGAAACGUUCGGAGGUUCCAUCUACGGCUUCAACGUGGCAGUAAAUCGCUCCAUGGAGCAAGUGGCGGCGAAGAAGGGCGUCCCGCUGCGACUGCACACCAUCAUCUACAAACUGAUCGACCAGCUGAAGGAGGAGCUGAGCAGCAAACUGCCUCCACUCGUCUCUGAGAACAUCCUCGGUGAGGCCACGGUGCUGGCCACGUUUGACGUCACUGUGGGGAAGAAGAAGGUCCCCGUGGCCGGCUGCCGGGUCCAGAAAGGCCAGCUGGACCGGCGGCUCAAGUUCAGGAUGAUCCGAGGCCGGGACCCUGUCUGGGAGGGCUCUCUGUCGGCGCUGCGGCACCACAAAGACGACGUCCAGACCGUGAAGACCGGGAUGGAGUGCGGGCUGUCGGCCGACGACGACAUGGACUUCAGAACCGGUGAUGUCAUCGUGUGCUUCGAGGAAGUGGAGGUGCCGCAGGUCACGUCCUGGGACCCUGGCUUCUGACUUCCCAUCAUGCACUGCUGCUAGACAGACUCGGAUUUAAGGACACUGAGAAGAUCACGAACUUAACAGAAAACAACCAGGUGGUUUGUUUGAGGGACGUUUUAAUAAAAAGGUGACGGGUCAAUGGUUUUAUUGAUCAUUUAUUGAUCACUAACGGGUGCACGCACACUUCUGCUUACAAAACAUUUAAUGCAAAACUAAAAACAAACUGAUCAAAACAAAACGAGCUUUGGUCAACGCUGCCUCUGAAGAGGGCGGCUCUCUGGCUCCUCACUUCCUCCUGCCUUUGGCUGGUUUGGCGAGCAGCGCCGGGUCGAUCUGGGCGGCCGUCAGUCCUCUGACGGAGAAGAGUCGCGCUGCGCGCUCCGGCAGAGUUCCUCCACACUUCAACCCCCGCAGCAUGAGCUGCUCCUUCAGGGCGUCCAGACCCAGGACCUCCAGCUGCUGGACGGACGUCAGCGAGGUCAGAUCCAGCUGCAGAGACAGAUGAGCCCAUUAAAACCGGACUGCAACGGUACCAUGUGAUGGUUGAAUGUGAACUGCUCAGUCGUGAGUUUAUUGAUCACCACACGCAACGGUAGAACUAUAAUCUAGAGGUGCGUCGCUGACGGGGUCCGCUGGAACUUCACACUUGAUGUCACACAAAAGCUGACCAAGUUUUACUGGGUUUGCAACGGUAACUAAGGGGCAGGAACCUUAAUAUCCUUAAAGCCAGCUGAUCGGGGCGUUGUAUCAUUGGUUUAGAAGUGGAGUAUCAGACUUUGACUCUACAUGAGGCUUCUAGUGAGGUGCAGCUGGAACCACGCCCACCUCAUCAAUCACAGAUGUUUCGACAUCUCCGUCCGACACCCCUGUAUUUAUGUCUAAGCCUGAUAAACGAUGCUUGAAUGGAGCCUAAAUACCAAAUAUUUGUAAACGUUUAAGUGUUUCAAAUCUACUGC